AUGUCUAUGCCGGUUGUCGAUUUCGUUAGCUCUCAGACCAUCGGUGUUCAGGUCUGUGCCGGUAGGGAGGAGCCGAAUCUGUCCAAGGUCGUCGACCUUGUAGUCUGGAGAAUCCACUUUCUUUCGGCCUUUCACAUCCCCGUGUUGGAUCUGAGCUCUUCGACGGUUUUAUUGUGGUGCGGCUCGUCGGGUUUGAGGCUCGGAGUUUGGACUCCCUAA